AUGAGACAUGAAUUAAGUUCUAUAUUUCAAUCUAAAAAUUUAGAUGAACAAUCUUUUAAACAAAAUAAUGAUUAUUUAAAUAACAAUGAAGCAUUAGAAAGUUAUCUAAAUUUUUAUUCAUCACCAGGUUUUUAUGUUGAACCGGUAAAUUUUGAAUUAAAUCCUUUAAAUGUUGUUGAUAUAAAUAACUUACUUGGUGAUACUGAACAAAAUGUUUUUAACAAUGUUGAUUUAAAAAAUUUAGACACAUUAGAAAAUAACACAAAUGCUUUAAAUACCAGUGCAACUGAUUUUAAAGAAUAUAAAAAUGACAAUAUAAAUAUUACAUCUGAAAAUGUGUGUGAUUUUGAAAAAGAUUUCAAGCAAAAUGUUGAGUAUUUUGAAAUUGAAAAAAAUAAUAAUCUAGAAGUUGAAAAUGAAACUAAAAAUGCAAUAAUAGAAGAUGAAGAAAAUCUUGAAAUUAAAGAAAACGAAUUAAACCACCAAAAUUAUUUUAACCUUAUAAAUGAAGAUAAAAAUAAAAAAGAUAAUUUCGAAUUAAAUGAGUCAAAUAUACUUCCUUUAAGUUACACAAACGAAAACGAAAUGAUGUACAAUGAAUGUGCUUUAACAAAUGAUUUCUUUGAAACAAUUGAAAAUAUAAACACAAAGGUGUUUGAAAAAUACAAUAAUUUAAAAGAUAUGACUGAAAAUUUAAUAGAUAUUAUAAACAAAUCAGAAUUUGAAAAAAGGAUAAAUAAUCUACUAGAUUUAAGUGAUAAUAAUUCAGAAUUGAUUGAUAAAUUUAAAAAAAAAAGUGAAGAUUGCAUUCGUCAAUGUCGCAAAUUUGAAACAACCUCUGAAAGUUUAAUUGGUGAAUGUGUUAAUACAUUAGCUCAGACGAGCAUUUGUUAUGCUGAAUGGGUUUGUUUACAUUCCUUUGAAAUGGAUUCAAUUGAUAAUGACUUAAAAGAAAUACAAUUAUUUAUUGAAACUAGUCAAUAA